CGCCCCGGCGGGUUUGAACGGAGGCCCGCUCCGCGUUCGGCCAAUCGGCGGGCGGGCGGCCGGGCUAUGGCGGCCCUUUGUGGGCGCUGAGUGGCUCCGGCGCCGAGCUGAGCGGCGGGCCGGCCUCGCGACGCAGGGUCAGGACCUGGCUGGGUGCGGAGGUGGGCUGAAUGGUGUCUUCCUUGGUUUCCACAGCACGAUGUUUGCACGCGGGCUGAAGAGGAGGUGUGACCAGGAGGAGGCGGCAGAGGGCUUUGGCACCGCCCCGUCCUACAGCCUCCAGCGGCAGUCGCUCCUGGACAUGUCCCUGGUCAAGCUGCAGCUCUGCCACAUGCUGGUGGAGCCCAACCUCUGCCGCUCGGUCCUCAUCGCCAACACCGUCCGGCAGAUCCAGGAGGAGAUGAGCCGGGACGGCGCGUGGCACGCCGGGGCGCCGCCGGGCGCGGGGCGGGCGCCGCUGGACCGCCUGGUGUCCACGGAGGUGCUGUGCCGCACGGCCCGGGGCCCUCCGGGGGCGCCGCCCGCCCCCGGGUCCGGAGAGGGCCCCUCGCGGGCGCCGGCCCCCGAACUCUGCACGGCCGGCCCGGCCCCCGAGCCGCGGGACCCUCGGAGCAGCCUGUGGGAGAUGGGCAGCGCGCGGGAGAGCAGGGGGGGCUUCCCCAAGGCCCUGGACCAGAUAUUUGAGACCCUGGAGAGCAAACCCCCCGGCUGCAUGGAGGAGCUGUUCUCCGACGUGGAGAGCUCCUACUACGACCUGGACACGGUGCUGACGGGCGUGGUGGGCGGCUCCAAGCCGGGCCUGUGCGGCGGGCUCGAGGGCUUCGCGGCAGCCCCGGCUCCCCCCGCCGCGGGCUGCAAGUCGGACCUGGCCGAGCUGGACCACGUGGUGGAGAUCCUGGUGGAGACCUGAGGAGAGGCCCCC